UGUUCGCAUGCACAAUUUCUCUGCCUUACCUGUAGUUGCAGCAGCAGCAAAGCGCCGUUCACCACCACUGUUUUUUGGACUCGCUGAUAAGAUGGUAUCAUACGUGGGCUGCAGUCUGCUGCUAACAUUACUGGCCCUUCCAGGAGCCGUCCUUACUGAGAUGGUGUUUCGUUGUCCAAGCUGCACCGCCGAGCGCCAGGCAGCUUGCCCGAAGCUGACGGAGACUUGUGCGGAGAUAGUGCGGGAACCGGGCUGCGGUUGCUGUCCGGUGUGUGCCCGGCAGGAGGGCGAGUUGUGCGGCGUUUAUACACCGAGAUGCUCCAGUGGUCUGCGUUGUUACCCUAAGCCAGAUUCAGACUUGCCUCUGGAGCAGCUGGUUCAGGGACUUGGGCGAUGCGGACAUAAAGUGGACGUGGAGGCAGCGGGAAGCUUGGAACAUCGGGAAGUCAGUGGGGAGGUGCAGGAACCGUUGGAUCUGGGUCUGACCGAAAUCCCUCCGAUCAGGAGACCCACUAAAGACAGCCCCUGGAUGGGACCCAAGGAGAGCGCUGUCCUUCAACACAGACAGCAAAUGAAGAGCAAGAUGAAGUCCAACAAAGUGGAGGACCCCAAAGUGCCACGCCCCAAGCUGAGUCAGUGCCAGCAGGAGUUGGACCAGGUGCUGGAGAGAAUCUCCAAAAUGCCCUUCAGAGACAACCGUGGUCCCCUGGAGGAUCUCUACUCCCUGCACAUACCCAACUGUGACAAGAGGGGGCAGUACAACCUCAAACAGUGCAAGAUGUCUGUGAACGGUCAACGGGGAGAGUGCUGGUGUGUGAACCCACACACGGGUCGUCCGAUCCCCACCUCCCCUCUGGUGAGGGGCGACCCAAACUGUAGCCAGUACCUCGAUGGAACAGAGCUGGAAGCUCCUGUGGUCCCCCAGAUUUAACUUGCUUCUCUCCAAAACCCUCAAAACACACCCCCUGGUCUGGAUCCAAACCAUGACCCAGCCAAAAAAAGAAAAAAGGAAAAAAAGAAAAAAAAAAGAAACAUCAGUGUUUGAAACUCAUAACAAGUUAUAAUAAUGUGUGUAUGUCUUUAUCGUGUGUGUUUUAGAUUUCGGUUAUUGUAGCUUCACUCUAAGCAGUGUUGUACAGGUGUACGUAGCUGUGAGAACAUAGCUUAGCAUCACUGUAUAAUGGUAGUUUACAAAAUAGGCAUUAACUAAAACCUUAAGAAACCUUGCAUGAAUGAGAACCAUAACAUUCCAGGUUUUAAAUGCUUAUUUUCGUUAGCAUCAAUAGAGUAUAAUCUUUUAGUUUUUAGUUCUCUCUCUCUCUCUCUCUCUCUUUGUUUUGUACGGAUAUUGUGCUAAGCUUGACACGGUGGUUCUGUUAGGGUGUAUAGUUUUAUCACAUUGCUGGUGCUACCCCUUAAACUCAAUACAACCCAACUCUGAAUUACACAGCCAUAUUCUACAGCGAAUGUUUCAGUAACAGUAGGGGUUUUUUUUCUUUGCUGGCGGGUAGGGGUGCGGGAAGGGGUGCUAGGGUUGAUGAGGUGCGUCAUACUGUUUCUCCUCAGUGAGCUUAGGACAUGCAGGCUGAACGAGCGUUUUGACGUAAACCUCGAAUAGAGCAUUUCAGCAGUGCCUUACCUUUGGUUAUGGGAAAGGUCCAGCCCUGUUGGGCGACUUUGGUUCAUCUUCAGGUCUUCUUAUGACUUAUCAGUAAAAUCUGAGGAAGUUUUUUUUUGGCUUUCAAAGAUUCUAUGUAUCAACAACUGCCGACGCAGUGAUGGAUUGCCUUUUGCUAACAAGCUAAUUAGUUUUAAUAAUAUUUUAACUACUUUGAAAAACAGUAAGACCUUUCGUGUCUAUAUAUUCUAAAAUGUCACCAUACUAAUAUAGUUGUAAUUUACCACUUGGCUGAAAAUGUAUAUACAAAUAUAUAUACUAUUUUCGUAAUAACGAGAUGGAAAGCGUCCGAGAUCUCAAACGAACGCAACUUUCGUGUAUCUGCUGCCACCUAGUGGUCGCAUCAAAGCAAAAGUCGUUCAAAUAGAGAGAGUUUGACCGGUGGAUUUCUUCAGACAAAACGCUCUCGCCAAAACAAUGCAUUUUCACUCUUGAACGGUGGAACUGACAUGCAGUAUGUCGUCUGUGCACUUUUAGCCUCGUUUUCACAGCUGCCUUUAUCAAUGUGAUGGUGUCACGCGCUGUUUUUGGUUCACAUGUUCUGAAUGUAUGAAGACAGAAAUACAAAAAACACAGUACCAUACAGGUCAUGUCGUCAUAUCCAGAAUGGCAUUAAAUGGAUAUUAACCUUC